GCUGGGCUUCAAGGAGAUCCUGGCCACUCGGCGCAUGGGCUCGUACCUGCAGAUCGAGCGCUGCGAGGCGGCGUGUGACGCAGCCGUGGUGGCCAAGCUGGAGCAGGAGGGCCGCACGGACUCGAGCAUUGUGCUGGACCUGUACGAAUGCUGGCGCCACUUCCCCGAGGACGCCUCCUUCUCCUCCGUCCUCAGCGCCGGACAGAAGCACCUGGUACGGCACUUUGGGGACGCGCUGGCCAUCCUCAACACCGACCGCGACAAGCCGGGCACCCUUGCGCGCCAGUUCAUGUCCCUGCCGCCGCAAGCGGUGGAAGCCCUGCUGUCCUCGGACGACUUUGGCACCGACAGCGAGGCCAGCGUGCUGCUGCUGCUGGCGCUUUGGGCGGAAGCGCACCCCUGGCAGACCCUCUUCCUUGCGCGGCUCUCCCGCCUCAUCCGCGUGCUGCACCUCACGCCCACCUACCUCUACCACGUGCUUCCAAAGCUACACUGGUUCGAUGCCACCCGCGCGCAGCUGUCCGCCCUGACCGCCCUGGCCGUCACCACCGAUUCCCAUGCGCGUUCCCAGCUGCGCUUAUCGCUCCGCGCGAGCGGCAUCCAGCUGGGCCCGGACCCCAGCAGCGGGCAGCCCCUCCAAGAUGACUCGCCAUGCAAGUGGUUGUUCCCGCAGCGCCGGCAGUGCUUGUGCCUCAGCGGCGGCCUCACCUUCCCCUGGCGAGUGAGGCAGCAUGACCUAUCGAAGCUGCUGCGGACUGUGAUCAACGAGCAGGAAAGAGUAGAAGGGGUUUGCAGGGCGUCGUUCGUGCUGCCAGCUGGAGGCGGUUGCGGCGGCGAAGGAGGCGGCGGCGGUGGUGGCGCUGCGGGUGCAUCCGGUGACACAGGUGUCGGCGAGCAGCAGCAGCAGCAGCAGCGGGCGGAGGCGUCGGUUGUCUACGCGCACGGCUUGGCAUGGGAGAUUUACUUGGUGGUGCACCGAAAGCAGCAGCCGUUCGUGGGUCUGCGCUGCGGCGUCCCGCUCCAGGGCGGAGGCUUUGCGGGCAUGCAUGACUUGGCGGACUACCCAACGCGCCUUACCAUGGAGCGAGCCUCGGCGGCACCGGCUGCAGGGGUCGAGGCAGCCCCGGCCCCCGCUGCUGCUGCUGCUGCUAGCAGCAAUGACCGCCAGCAGACCCUUGUGAACUAUUUUGGCACGGCUUGCCCUGGCGUCGGCAAGGCUUGCAACUUCUUGUCGUGUGAGGAGCGGGUUGAGCACCUGCGGGCGGUUGCGGCGGGUCGGGAGCCGGACCUGAUGCGUCCCUGGGGGCGUUUCAUGCAGCCGGAGGGCUGCGUCCGCGGGGAGCUGAACUUCAUGUGGUCGUGGAAAGACGUGGAGGAGGAGGAAGAGGAGGAUGAGGAGGAGGCAGGCAUGGAGGAAGGGGAGGAAGGUGAGGAGCGGGGGCCCGAGGAAGGGGAGGAGCAGGGGCGCGUGGGGCGGCAGGUGCAGUAGCGUCUAAUGAACUACUGGCUCUACUGCUUGUCUGUACAUACAUACCUGUACGGAUGUCGAAGCAUUGAGGAGCAUGUUGUACAGUUGGUGGGGUUCUGUAAUUUAGGGUCGUCGUAGCAGUAGUAGUGCACCAGGAGCUCAUGCGGGGUCGCACCACAAGACGCGCGCUCCGGUUGCCUCGGCAUCUUGUACGCUGUACUACUAGAACGUUUGCGCGAGUAGCAGGAUGCAUGUGCGGAUGCGUAACAUAACCCCGGUGCGAUGCUGUGAUGUGAUGGGUUUGCUGUGUCCCGACAAGCCGCACGGGCUGCUCGUUUGCCUUUGUUGGAGUCAUAGUGUGGCGUCAGGAGCAGUCCAGGGGCCCACGCGGCUCAAUACACUGGUAGCCACUGUUGUACCACUAAUACUGUUGUACCACCAUAUCUGCCGGCUACUGCUGUACUUAAAGGCCGAGCGUGUGCGGCAGCUGCCCGGGGAGAGCUGGGGCGCCCCUCAUGGGGUCUCAACCGUCUAAGGCGUGGGUGCACACCUGUCGGUGUUUUGGCUGUCUGGGGUGGAGUUUGUGUUGCCGAUUCGCCUUCGGCGACGCGAAGCACCUCCACGUGUAAAAGCUUCUAGUUUCGUUUUUGAGUGACUCAAAAACAUGCAUGGGCACACAGCCUUUGCGCACCGUUGCUGGGGUGCAUUGCUUCUUUAGGCGCGUGCUGGGAA